AUGGAGCCCGUCUUCUCCUGCCUGCUCGGCACCGUCCUGCUCUCUUCAGUGCUUGCCCGAAAUGUGCUGCUUCUAGUCGGUGAUGAUGCUGGCUUUGAGAUGAAUGUGUAUAACAACACAGCCAUUCAAACUCCUCACUUAGAAGAGCUGGCCAAGCGGAGUCUCAUCUUCAAGAAUGCAUUCACGUCUGUAAGCAGCUGCUCUCCUAGUAGAGGUGCUAUCCUGACCGGACUUCCUCAGCACCAGAAUGGUAUAUACGGCCUUCAUCAAGAUGUUCACCACUUUAAUUCAUUUGAUGAUGUGAAGAGUUUACCCCUGCUGCUUAACCAGGCUGGCAUCCGAACAGGAAUAAUUGGGAAGAAGCACGUGGGACCAGAGUCUGUCUACCCAUUUGAUUUUGCCUACACAGAAGAAAACAGCUCAGUGCUACAAGUUGGACGAAACAUAACACGAAUCAAAGCGUUAGUCAGAAAAUUUUUGCAAAGCAAAGAUCAAAGACCGUUCUUUCUCUAUGUUGCUUUCCAUGAUCCCCAUCGCUGUGGGCACUCCCAGCCUCAGUAUGGAACAUUCUGUGAGAAAUUUGGAAAUGGGGAACCUGGAAUGGGGCGAAUUCCAGAUUGGAAACCACAGUAUUAUAUGGCCGAUCAAGUUCAG